GCUACAAUUGGCGUCCGCCCAACAAGGCAAGCACCUCGCGGUGUCAUGGCGCACACAACCUUGUCGGGAAAUGCCAUGUGCACCACGUCGACCCGAUGAAUGGAGGCCGAGCGAGGUUAUUGCAAAAAACGUGCCAUUGUUCACGAACUUUACACGAUCAUGACAUUGGCAGCGUCACGACGCUUACACGACGCAUCCAUCUCCCAGCGGCAUCGACGACGUGGACGACGAGGAAGUCGCAGCAAUCAAGUCUUGGUUGGACUGCACAAAGAGGAGCUCCCUUACGUUUGCGGACAGGUAGUGACGACGCUUCUUGACAACAUCUGGAGUCGUCGGCGCCGCGGGGAGGCACAGCACCGACCGCGCCGCGCGAGACAGCAACGGCCAUCGCUUCGCCUGCCAUUUCCACCACACGAGGGGGUUUCCGUCGGUGGUCGCAGUGAUCGACUCUUCAAUCAAUGCCGUGUCGAAAUACCGCGUCAUUUCGGCCUCAACUUCUUCGGUCACCCCUGGCUGAUGCAAGCUGGUCGUGUCGUCCACGCAUGCGCCUCCUUCGUCCUCCGACUCUCCUCCGUACAUCGACAAGAUGCCAGACGCCUUUGCCUUGUCCGACUUUUUCGCCGACGCACUGGCCGCCUUCACGCGAGGAACGAGCUCAACCAGCCGAUGCCGCAGCGCCUCCUUGGCCGCGGCAAUUUCGUCAGGUGAUACCCCAAACUUACCCAGACGCUUGCGCUGUCCUGGAUCCAACAGCGCUGCCAUAAUGUGCGUCGGGCAGAGUGUCCAUUGCUCCAAUCGUCGCAAUGCGGCGGCCUUGACAGCGCCUACCACCGCAUGGACCGUUUCUGGACCGUCUGGCAGUCGGCGGCAAUGGUGACACAGCGCGUGGCGCCAGUAGCACACAGUGUGCAGCGUCGGCAUCGAUUCCUUUUGAAACGCGUCCGCCGCCGUCACAAAGGGUGUGCAAAACGCGACAAGGUCGUCGGUCGGAUCGUGCGACGCAUCGGCACUUUGAAUCGAAAACCACGCGGGCCACAGGUCGUGGCGAAGGGCCCAUUGAGACCGCAGCACGUCCAGCGCUCGAACCAGCGUGUGCCACGUAAUCGACGAUACGUCAGCAUAUUGCAGCAUCAAGUGUAUGAUGACACCGACGACGGGAUCCGCAGUGUGCCCUGUCCACGGCGUGUGCGGGUCCAGCUGCAGCACGUCGUAGAGCACAGCGUCCAACUCAACCGAAGCAAAUGUUUGAUACGCGUACAGCGCCCCCUUCUUCGCACCGAUGUCGUCGUUUGGCGCCGUGACAACUCGUGUGGCCAUGCCAGUGAGGACAGCCACGGGCCGGCCAAUGUCCGCCAGCGACAGCUCUGUCAGCCCCUCGACCGCAGGUAGCAGCACGUCGUCGUCGGAGCGGGUGUCGCCGUCAACUGCACCGCGUUGGUGCUCGGACGUCGCAUUCGUGAUCUCAUGGACAUCCAAGAGCCGAUUGUGGAGCACAAAGUCAGCAUCGAUAAAAUGGAUGCUCACGCCGACGUGCACGCCGUCCUGUUGAACGACCAGAGUCACUCGUUCGCGAAGGGCUGCUUUCCCGACUUGAAAGCGCUUGAUGAGUUCGUCUUGAACGGCUGGAGCAUCGGGUUCCCACUUGUCCAAGGUCGGAUGGCGCUUGCCAACUUGCAUGAGGUUGCUGCAAAGCCGACGAAAGCCCGCGCCGGUGAAAACGUCGACGGGCAAGACGUCAUGCGUGCACAGGUGCAGCAGGUCCUGCACGAGCGCUUCUUUCGCCCGAUCGUGGGCUUUGCGCAUCGCGCAGACGUGGCUGAGAAGACUGGACGUCCCGUUCUUACUCUUGAACGUAUACACGACCUUGCAAUCGUAGCACCCGACGAAGUGCGACCCGCUUUCGACGACCAGCGCGUUGUGCUUGUAGACAAACCCGAACCGAUUCCAGCACUCGGCUUUGCUCUCGCCUGCGUUCGGUCGCAAAUCGUACGGGGACGACAGCGCUGGGUUCGACGACGCAGCCACGAGACUGGCCGUGAUGGACUGCUUGAGCACGUCUAGCGCCUUCUUUGGAGGCAAAACUUGGUGGGGCAGGUGGGGAUUCGUCGCUGAAUGGAGGACUUGCAACGUCGUAGGCGUCCCCAUCAUGUCCACUGCAGAGUUUGACGAGCCCUGA